AUGAGCGUAUUGAUAUCUUCUGGGCUGGAUUUCAUACGGAAUGGUCAUUCGAUGAAGCGGAAACGGGAGCAUCAUGUGGUGGAAAGGGCGUACGAAAAGAGCAUGGAGGAGUUUAGCACACAGACAAGAGAUCUACUGGCAGUAUCGUGCGGCUCAGCGAGGCUGCUGGAGAUGUCGGAGCGAAUCAGAGAGGAGUAUUUGCAAAGGCUGCAGUCUUCAGACAUCUCCAUGCUGCCUUCGUAUCUACAUACACUGCCCACUGGCACCGAGCAGGGCGAUUUCUUGGCGCUGGACGUUGGAGGGUCGACAUUCAGGAUAGCAGUGAUAAGGCUAACCGGCAAACGAGAUUUGAUACGGGAUUUGAAGGGGCAGGCAUUCUUCGAUUGGAUGGCGGAACGGAUUGGCGAGUUACUUGCAGAGUACAAUCACAUGAAGGGCACCACGAAUGCGCGCUUGCAGAUGGGCUUGGCCUGGUCGUUUCCUAUCGAGCAGACUUCGCCGAGGAGUGGUCGGCUUUUAGCUAUGGGCAAGGGCUUUUGUGCAACUCAUGGCGUUGAAGGCCAAGAUCUGAGCGAGUUAAUCAUGCGGUCGUGCAGGGCACGGCAUCUAAAUGUUGAGAUGAUGACCAUUGUAAACGAUGGCACGGCGACUUUGCUUUCCAAGGCGUACCUUGACAGGUCAACGAGGAUGUCACUAAUUCUAGGCACUGGGACGAAUGCAGCAGUGUUCCUACCGACUACAGCACUAGGGAAAGGCAAAUUCGGAGAGCGGCCGCAGACCUGGCACGACGCCGCUGAACGAGUUCUGGUCAAUACUGAAGUGAGCAUGUUUGGCCGGCAUGUCUUACCUCGUACACGAUGGGACGACGAGCUGAACAAGCACCAUGUCCUCCCCGACUUCCAGCCUCUGGAGUAUAUGAUCACAGGGAGAUACUUAGGGGAGAUCGUGCGGUUGAUACUGGUCGAAGCCGUCACCACAGCAGGUCUGUUCGAUGGGGACCUUCCGGAAGGCCUCAAUGAACCAUAUACGCUCGACACCCGGCUUUUGGCAGCCUUUGAGCAAGAUACAAGCCGAACACUUAUUAAAGCGAGCGCUUCGUUUUUGAGAGCACAUGCUCUUCCCACGCCACCUCGGCUAAGCGAGCUGGAAUUCCUCCGAGAGACAGCGACUUUGGUGUCACGGCGUGCAGCGACAUAUCUAGCGACUGCACUGCAUGCACUUUGGCGGUUACGCACAACGGCAGAAGGCCUGCGGCCUGGCGAAGCGAGCCAUGUCACCAUUGCAUGCGAUGGUACCAUCAUUGAGAAGUACCCAGAGUUCCGAACAAAUUGCCAGGCGAAGUUGGACGAAUUAUGCGCACUCUCCGGCGCCGCCAAGGGUACUGUGUCCCUUGCAAUGGCUCCUGAAAGUUCCCUCUUUGGUGCCGCCGUUGCAGUGGCUUGCAUAGAUCACCCGUAG